CCCGUUUUGACAUGCUGGCUUGUCUUUUUUUGGAGAAUAGCCAAGGCUGGAGUUUAAAACCAAAGAAUCCUGCCUCGAACGGGAAAAAAGGAACCCUCUCCUGAAGGGAGGUAUGAUCUCCCUUUAGCCAGGAGAGGCUGAGGAGGGGUUAUUGUGUGUUUGUUUGUCUGUGCCCCACCACAGCCACGAGUGGUAAAGCUCCGGGACACCUUCUACGAUGAGGGCUUCCCAGCCGCUUUCUGCUGAAUGGCUCCUCCCGUUGCCAUCAAUAUCAUUUUGUAUAUUGCCUCGCCUCUAGUCCUUAUGGUGAGGAAGAGGAGGGGAGGGGGAAGACAGGAUCGAGAACAACUCCUCAUUCACUCCACAGUACAAGGAGGAGGAGGAGGAGGAAGAGGAGGAGAGGGUUAAAUCUAACCAUGUAGACCCAAAUCAUCUUUUGCUAGGGAAGAGUCACAGCAGACAGCCUCUCAAAGUGCAAGGAAGAUGAUAAGAAUAGAUUUUUCUCCAAGUCUUGACCACGUGAUGGGCGAAAUAAUUAAUUCAGCGCGUCCCUUAAGAAACACGGAGUCGUCAUUAAUCUGCCAAGCAAAGGACUCUAUCAGACUUGAAAACUGAAGAGAUCCCAAGAAUAUAAUAUACAAAGGGGCGCAGGCUCUGUCUAUGCACACCUAGCUCUUUGGCUAAAGCCGAAGGGGGGGGAAAUUACCAAUAAUAAAAGAAAUAAAGAAAGCGGAGCUCGGUACAUCUCAUCAUUUUAUCCAAAGGAAUCUGAAGAUCCUACCAAAAGUGUUACAGAUAAAAUUCAAGAAAAAACAUAACUGUGGUGCUUUCGUGGGCAGCGACUGGCCGAAGCCCAAGAGGUGAGGAAAGAAAGGCCGCCUGAGGGGGUCGGCGGCAGUCAAUGUUAUUUGAGCGGGCUCCCGAAGCCUUGGCGAUCGCAGAGCCCAAGAUGCAGAAAACCGCCUACUACGACAACUCGGCGCUCUUUGGGGGUUACGGCGGCUAUGGCAAAGCAGACGCCUACGGCUACUCCUCCGGCCCUCCACAGCCCUACGCUCAGCCUGCUCUAGACACCGAUUAUCCUGGCUCGGCUUGCUCUCUUCAGGGCACCGCCCCCAUCCGAGCGCCGCCAGCCCACAAGAGCGCCGACCUCAGCGGGAGCUGCAUGCGCACGGGCGGAGGCAGCCAGGCAGCCCCUCAGCAGCCUCCGGGACUAGGCGAGCAACAGCAGCAGCAGCAGCAACAGGCGCCGCCUCCUGCGCUGCCUUCGCCCUCUCCGCCAAACAGUAACCCCGCCCACGCGGUUCCCGCCAAGAAGGGCAAAGGCGGGCCCAACUCCUCGAGCGGCUCCACCGCCACCAUUAGCAAACAGAUCUUCCCCUGGAUGAAGGAGUCCCGUCAGAACUCCAAGCAGAAAAACAACUGCGCCCCCGCAGGAGAGAGCUGUGAAGAUAAAAGCCCCCCAGGCCCUGCUUCCAAACGUGUCCGCACCGCCUAUACCAGCGCGCAGCUGGUGGAGUUGGAGAAGGAGUUCCAUUUCAACCGCUAUCUCUGUCGCCCACGCCGAGUCGAAAUGGCCAAUCUGCUGAACCUGACAGAGCGUCAGAUAAAGAUCUGGUUUCAGAACAGGAGGAUGAAGUACAAAAAAGACCAGAAAGCCAAAGGGAUUAUGCACUCCCCUGUAGGACAGUCCCCCGACCGAAGCCCGCCUUUAAGCGGCCCAAAUCACGUAGGAUAUUCCAGCCAGCUCCCUACCGUCAAUAGCUUGAGCUAUGACGCUCCAUCGCCAACGUCCUUUGCCAAAUCGCAGCAAAACAUGUACGGGCUGGCUGCUUACACGGCACCUCUCAGCAGCUGUUUGCCCCAGCAGAAAAGAUACCCAGGAGCAGAGUAUGACCAUCAUGCCAUGCAAAGCAACGGCGGCUUUGCCAAUCCCAAUUUGCAGGGCAGCCCGGUUUAUGUUGGAGGGAACUUUGUUGAUUCCAUGCCAGCGUCUGGCCCCAUGUUCAACAUCAGCCAUCUUUCUCAUCCUUCGUCCGCCAGCGUGGACUACAGCUGCGCUGCUCAGAUCCCGGGCAACCAUCACCAUGGACCUUGUGACCCCCAUCCCACAUACACAGAUCUUACUUCUCAUCACACAUCUCAGGGAAGGAUUCAGGAAGCGCCCAAAUUAACGCAUCUGUAGUAGACUGGAACGGAUUUAGAGAGAAAGAAAGCGAGAGAGACUGAAAUGUAUUGCGUUUAAAUUACCUCACUUCCCCCACCCCUGAUGUUACAGUAUUACUUUGAGUACCCUUGAAUAUUAGUGAGUUUUUGUGUCCCGUAAGCAGCUACAUUUUCUUAUUUCUUUCGCGACUGAGACCAUGAAAAUGAUUUCCCCCUUGUUCUUUUAAAUGUUUUAGCCCUUUAAAAGCAUGGCAGUGCAAUAUCCUUUAAAAAAAUAUAAAAUAAAAUAUUCCUUCAAGGGAGUAAUAAUUGGUAAUGAUGUACUGGAAGGUAAGUUGUAGAAAUCCAUUAGUACUAGGAGAAAGUGAGUCCUGAUGAGGAGUUUACAACAUUUGGGACCAAAUUGGGGACUUGUUUCAGAUAAGUUAAUUUAUAAGAUUUUUUCAGCAAUGUAAAAGAUUGCGUUGGACUUAAAUAAGAUGUAUUUAUUAUUUUAAGAGACUUUUUCUUUGUAUCACUGAUUAUUUAAUCCUGGUCUUCAAUGUAUUUAUGUGGAUAUUUGUAGAGUUUCUUCCCUUCCCCUUCCCCUUCCCCUUAACUUUCAAAGAUUGAUUCAGGUCUUUGGUGACUAUACAUUUUCACCUAUUUAGUAUAUUUGGUCUGAAAUAGAAAGAGUAGUUUUGAACAGUUGUAACAGUGGCUGGUGUUUGUAGUUUAUGUAAGGAUUAAGCAAAUUGUAAGUCAAGUCAUAGAUUAUACAAAACUGAUAUAUUACACAAAGCCGUCACAUUUUUAAUUUUUUUUAAAAAAUAUAACAUUAAAUUAUUUCAGAUUGUUUGGAAUCAUUUUACUUAGAAUUAAAAGCUACCCUCCUUAGGUUGGAAGUAGACCUCAUUUACUAUUAUAAUUGAUAUCUGUGGCCAGUCGGCUGUUUGGGUUUCUAUCAGCUUCUGCAUACAUAAAUUGGUUACUUCCUUUCUGUUGCACAAACCAUUUUGUCUGGUUACUGGUGUUAUUAUUUUAAAGACUAAAAUAAGCAACAUAUUCAGAUAGACAUUUAGGAAUAAUAGAAUACUGUUGAUGUAAUUAGGAUAUUUAUAACAAUUCAGGCUAAAACUGUUGUUUCCAUCAUCAUCAUCAUUAUUAUUUAUAUGAUAUUUAUGCUAACCAUAAAUCAAUUUUGUACAAGUCACUGGAAACCCGAACUUACUUUUGCUGAACAGGGAGGGGGGAAAAAAGAGAAGAAGAUGAUGAUGAAGAAGAAGAAACAGAGAGAGAGAAUUUUUUUUGAAUGAAAUAUUGACAAUCAUGUAUCUACAAUUGAAAGACUGUGAUAGGGUGUAGGAGAAGAAAUCCUUCUGAAACGCUCAGAAUGGCUUUCGAGAUAAGAAAUUAGAUCUAUCAAUAUUUAAUAUCGUCUUCUGUAGCAGACAUUGGUACAAUCCUUGUGUAAACAAAUGUUUCUGCCCCAAGCCUAAAAGGGAUAAGAAACACAAGCAUCCUCUCCCACCCCUCCACCCACUCGUCCUCUUUAUUUGUAUGUUGCAUUUAAUCUCUCACUGAGUUUAUAAAGCUUUUCUCAACAUGAAAAUGGCACUAGGUACAUGUUAGAUGUGAUACAUGCCCAUUAAUUCAGGAGGAAGCAUCCUUUAUUGCUUUAAAAAGCACUCAGUUAAGAUUCAGAUCUUCUGAAUUCUCACAGAACUGUAGCAAAACCUCACUUUUCAGGUUGACUAAUAAUGCAGCUCAUCUCUCCACUUUCUGAUGACAACUCUUGCCAUUCUUUGUGUGUGUGUGUGAGAGAGAGAGAGGGGGGUGUUUUUACUCCUACAUUUGUGUCUGUCUAAAUGAUGAUUGUGUGUGUGUGUGUAUGCACACACACAGAUUCACCUCAUUAUAAUUUAAAAAAUCAAUGUUAAUAAUGAGAGAAGAGGGGGAUAUGUAUCCUUUUGUUAAAUCUCACUUUUACCCAA